CUAGCUUCCUUGUUCUCCAUAUUCCUCACAACCCCAUCUUCACAUCCUUCAUUAUUGUUGAUAUAGUUGAUGCCCAUAAGGAACCUUCAACUUCUUCAUUUAUUAUCACUUGUUUUGUUCCUGCACUCCCAUCUCUUAUCUUCCAUUUGGUUAUUCUUUCAUUCUUCUAUAUAUACCUGGUUCAGAGUCUCUCAGUUGCCAUCCAAGUAUCAGAAAAUGAAGCGGUUUUUCGUGGUUGCUCUCUCAUUGGUUUUGGUUGUUGGGAUUGUUGAGAGUUUUGAUUUCCAUCAGAAGGAGUUGGAGACUGAAGAAAGUUUGUGGAAUUUGUAUGAGAGGUGGAGGAGCCAUCACACUGUGUCUAGGAGUCUGGAUGAGAAGCACAAGCGCUUUAAUGUGUUCAAGGAGAAUGUGAAUUUUGUCCAUGAGUUCAACAAGAAUGAUGAGCCUUACAAGUUGAAACUCAACAAGUUCGCAGACAUGACUAACCAUGAGUUCAGAAGCACUUAUGCCGGCUCAAAGGUGAACCACCACAGGAUGUUCCGAGGGAGCCAACAUGCAGCUGGGAGCUUCAUGUAUGAGAAGGUAAAGAGUGUCCCACCAUCUGUUGAUUGGAGGAAGAAAGGCGCUGUCACACCCAUCAAGGAUCAAGGCCAAUGUGGUAGUUGCUGGGCCUUUUCAACGGUUGUGGCAGUUGAAGGAAUCAACCAUAUUAAAACAAACAAACUAGUUUCUUUGUCUGAGCAAGAGUUGGUGGACUGUGACACUUCAGAAAACCAGGGAUGCAAUGGAGGCCUAAUGGAAUAUGCCUUUGAAUUCAUCAAAGAAAAAGGGGGUAUAACAACAGAGCAGAACUACCCUUACACAGCUGAAGAUGGAAGUUGUGAUGUGUCAAAGGUGAAUUCGCCAGUAGUGUCUAUUGAUGGCCAUGAAACCGUACCUCCUAACAAUGAGGACGCUUUGCUAAAAGCAGCUGCAAACCAACCGAUAUCCGUUGCCAUAGAUGCUGGGGGUUCUGCCUUCCAGUUCUACUCUGAGGGGGUGUUUGCAGGAAGAUGUGGUACAGACCUAGAUCAUGGGGUGGCAAUUGUGGGCUAUGGAACAACUCUUGAUGGGACCAAAUACUGGAUUGUGAAGAACUCAUGGGGAACUGAUUGGGGAGAGAACGGUUAUAUCAGGAUGAAGCGAGGCAUCUCUGCUAAGGAAGGACUCUGCGGUAUAGCAGUGGAAGCUUCAUAUCCCAUCAAGAACUCCUCAACAAACCCUGUGGGAGCUCCAUCCUCUCUCAAGGAUGAGCUCUAAGCGACAUUCACAGUGAACUAUAGCUUUUUUCAGCCUUAGCAGAUAUUUUGUGUUAGAGUUGCAUGCAGCAGUCCUCAUGGUAACAUGACCAAAUAAACUUUGUCUGACAGAUUUAUAAUAGCAUCGUUAUUUUAAUGUAUCUGCUAAGAUGUGUUUCACGUAUCAGAAUGAAAUAAAGUACCCGAUUUUACUCUUUUGUUUUA